AUUUUUUUUACUGUCAUUUUUUUCUCUCUCUUUGUUUGUCUUAUUAUUAUCUUGAUUCGUCUUUCUCUUCCUCCUCUCGCCUUUGUUUCAGAUCUAACAAUUUCAAAAUUUUUACUUCAUCUCCGCCGUAGAUCUUAAUUGUACUCCGAAUCAAUGGACGAUUUUCCGGGUCUUUUGGCCAGAGAUUUCGGGCUCAAACCGCAGGGAAAAGCCGCCCCCAUGGCAUCGUCUCGAGCUAACAAUUUCUCAACCGCCAAUUCAAGUUUCGGACUCGGAUCUAAUAAUCCAUCCGAUUUUUCUAAAUCGUCAUCGUUAAAAUCGAAUCACGUAUUCGAUGAUCACGAUCCCGAUGGAUUUUUGUUCAACGACGUCUUCGGUGGGCCACCGAAGUACUCCUCCACUUCGUCUGUGGAUUCUCGAGCAGGCAAUACGUUCGAGUACGAUUCGAUUUUCAAAGACCAGAGCGCGAAAUCGAAGAAUUCGAAGGCGAAUUUGAUGCCGUCGUUUGAUAAGCCGGUGUACGAUGAUGAUAUUUUCGAAGGUUUGCCUGGACUGAAGAACUCGUCUGUGGCGACGUCGCCGCCAUCGAGCGCGAAGUUUGAUGAUGUGUUCUCGUCGAUAUCCCGUUCACCGCCGAAACAACGGAGAGCGAGAGAGAGUUCGCCAUUUGAUGAUCUCUUGGGGAAUUUAGGUAAAAAGGAGAAUGAAUCGAGAGUCAAGAAGGAGAAAGAUGCUUUGGUGUUUGAUGAUUUGUUGUCUGGUUUUGGUCGUAGUAGCUCUUCUAGUGGUAACAGAUCAACUUCAGAAUCCAGUGGGUUCCAGAAGCCACCUUCUACUUCAACAAAGACAGCAUCUAGUAUGAUGGAGGACCCUUUUGUAGUCUUAGGGUCAAAUUCAACCCCUGUGGGUUCAUCAGAGGUAUUUACUGAUCCACUUGAAGAGGUUGGUAAAUUCAGUCGGUCAGAAGGUGCAAGGAUGAAUGGUUCAUCUGCAAGUGGGGGAACAUUUGAUGAUUUAGAUCCUCUCAACAGUCUUGGGAAAUCAGUGCCUCCUGUUUCAACUGAGGUCAGUAAGAGAGGGGAGGAUAGGAGCCCUUUAAGAUCUGGAAGCGUUAGUGGUACACAAACUUAUCACAGUAAAGAAUCAAUUAACAGGUCUUCUUCUGAAAAUUCUGAGGAUUAUUCACGGAACAGAACUCCCAUUGACAAUUUUCAGGGAUCUCAUGAUCCCCUAUUUAAUAUGCCAAGUGUUUCAACCGAUUCUCUUAAAUCUGUUGGCCGAUCUACUUCACCCCCAUCAUACAUGAGUGCCAGUCCUAAUGAGAUAAACUCACAGAUCAACUCAACUUCAAGAUCUGAAGAAAUAUUUGAAUCAUCUGAUGACAUAUGGCUUACUGUGUCUGAGAUUCCUCUUUCUACGCAACCUACAAGUGCUCCUCCACCUUCAAGAUCCCCACCUCCUAGACCGACACAACAUUCAAAGUCAGAGCCUUCCACUGAUGCAAGAAAGAAGGUUAAUGAUUUUCCUUCUGUGUCUAAUUCUCCUCAGUAUUCUAAUAGCCCUAGGUCAGGUCGUGCUGCAGCCAGGGGCUUGGUGGCAUCACAAAUAGAUGAACUUGAAGAUUUUGCCAUGGGUAGGACCUGGAAUAAUGCUAAUGAAUAUGGAGAGGUCCCUCCCGCUGAAGAUGUGGAAAGCUCCAUUGCUGCUGCUGCCAUGAAGGAAGCUAUGGACAGAGCUGAAGCUAAAUUCCGCCAUGCUAAGGAAGUGAGAGAAAGGGAAUCUUUAAGGGCUGCAAGAAGUAAAGAACCUGUUCAACUAGAUACAGAUGAGAGUGCUACAUUGGAUGCUCAGGAAAGACUAGAUCGUGAGAGGCAACAAAGAGAAAAGGUGGAGGAAGAGAGAGAACAGAGGAGACUUGAGAGAGAGAGGGAAAGAGAGAGAGAAAGGGAGGAGAGGGAGAGAGAACAGAGGAGACUCGAAAAAGAGAGGGAGCGAGCUAGGGAGAUUGAAAAGGAAAGAGAAAAGGCCAGACAAGCUGUGGAAAGGGCUACUAGAGAGGCAAGAGAAAGGGCAGCUGCUGAAGCUCGACUGAAAGCUGAAAGGGCUGCUGUUGAUAAAGCAAAUGCUGCAGCUCGAGAACGUGCAGAAAGGGCUGCUGUUCAAAGGGCACAGGCUGAGGCUCGUGAAAGGGCAGCAGCAGAAGCUAAAGAAAGGGCAGAUAAGGCUGCUGCAGAAGCCAGGGAAAGGGCAAAUGCAGAAGCAAGGGAGAGGGAAGCACGAGAAAGGGCAUCUGUUGCUAGAGCUGAACGAGCUGCUGUAGAAAGAGCUGCUGCUGAGGCCCGAGAAAGGGCUGCUGCUGCAGCAAGGGCAAAUCAGAACCAACCAAAGAAUGAAAAUGAUCUUGAAUCCUUUUUUAGCAUGGGUGCUCGACCAAGCAGUGCACCUAGGCCAAGGGCCAACUCUUCAGAUCCUCUUUUUGAUGUUCACAGCAAGGGAGGGCCUGAAGUAGGGAGGAGGACCUCUGUUGGAACCACUUCUAAUAUGAAGAAAGCUUCUUCAGAGACAAAUAUUGUUGAUGAUCUUACUUCAAUUUUCGGAGCUGCUGGAUCAUCAGCUGGGGAGUUCCAAGAGGUGGAAGGAGAGACUGAAGAAAGACGAAAGGCCAGGUUGGAACGGCACCAAAGGACUCAGGAGCGUGCGGCAAAGGCUCUGGCUGAGAAGAAUCAACGUGAUCUCCAAGCUCAGAGAGAGCAAGCGGAGAGACAUAGAAUUGCUGAAACAUUAGAUGCCGAAGUCAAGCGUUGGGCAGCUGGGAAAGAAGGAAAUCUACGUGCUCUGCUAGCAACACUGCAAUAUGUGCUUUGGCCUGAAUGUGGUUGGCAACCCGUUUCUUUGACUGAUUUGAUUACUGGUGCUGCGGUCAAGAAGCAUUAUAGGAAAGCAACUUUAUGCAUCCAUCCUGACAAGGUGCAACAAAAAGGAGCCAAUCUUCAGCAGAAAUAUAUUGCUGAGAAGGUGUUCGACUUGCUGAAGGAAUCAUGGAACAAGUUCAAUUCAGAGGAGCUCUUUUGAUUGCUGUGAUGGUUAUUUUACUUGAAGCUUCUUGAUUUGACUAUUACACUAUUUUUGGGAGUGGAAUUAUAUGACUUGGCAGAUGAUUCCCCUUUCUGCCAGUGUAAUCCAUUCCAAAUGAUGUGGCUGGUGGAGGGGCACUCGAGAGUUUGACCAGAUUUCGAGAUGCUUAGGUCCAACAGUCUCUUUAUUAGGGUUGCUGCAAAUGCUCCUCUGAUAUUUGCCUCAGAAAAUUGUGAUCUCUUGUUGGUGUGGAGUAAAAAUUCUCCAAGACCCCAUCGGGUUCAGUCAUUCCAUUUGUUUGAGAUGAAGCAUGUAAUUUUUUUUUGUAUUAAUUCUUUAUAUUAUUCGGGGGUUUUCUUUGGAUGUAGAGUUUGAUAUAUCGAGUGAAUACCAAUCAUGGCCAUUACUCUCGAACUGACUGUAUGAAGCAAUGUAUGAUUGUGAAGCCGCGAAGAUAAUUCUCGACCGGACUACUGAUAAAUAAUUUUUUAAUUUCA